UCUCCUAGGUACAUAGCUAUUGUUCAUCCGAGUUCUGAGAAGAGGACCGUACAAUGGACCAUCAUCAUCAAUCUGCUGGUGUGGAUGGGCAGCUUCCUCCUCACCGUACCAGUCAUGAUUUAUGCCAAGGUUGUCCGCAGGCAACACCUGGAGGUCUGCAUGAUGUACCUAGACGGGCCUGAGGACAUGUACUGGUACACUCUCUACCAGUCCGUCCUGGGCUUCAUCAUCCCCCUCAUCAUCAUCAGCACCUUCUACUCACUCACCCUCUACCAUGUCUUCAGCUCUAUUCGACAGGUAAAACGGAAGCAGUCCAUGUGGGCGAAAAGAGCCACUAAGAUGGUCCUAAUGGUGAUCGCCGUGUUCGUGAUCUGCUGGUCACCCUACCACAUCAUUCAGGUGAUCAACCUGGGCAACAACAAGCCGACAAUUGCUUUUGUAUAUGUCUACAACAUCAGCAUCUGCCUCAGCUACUCACACAGCUGCAUCAACCCGCUCAUGUUACUCAUCUUUGCCCACAAUUAUCUUGAGCGUCUGUGCCGCCGUAACACGCAGGACAGCUCUCAGCAUUCGUCAAAGGCCACGGUAGUCAGAAAAGAUGGCUCCAGUAUGACAAACGAUCCCAACUGCCGCAUAACUGCCAUCUAAUCAGAGAGAGAACAUUUUUGUAAAUAGAAGACAGAUGUAAAAGUUUUGCUUUUGCACGGUGUUACUUGUAAGGUCAUGUUCUGCAGCUCUUUCAUUUAUGUGAACCUGACAUUGCACAAAUAUUCACCUCACACAGGAGCUUCAAACCAGCAGCUUUUUGAAUAAUACCAUAUAUUGUCAUAAUGGUCAGUGACAGCUUUGUAGUGCAGAUGUGUCAUUGCUUAUCGUGGUUUCUUAUGUCUGAGCACAUGUGAUCUGUAAUCAACUAAAAAAACUCCAUAUAGGGAUUUGUGAUUUCUAACCACUAGCGUAAGUAAAGGAUACAUUUCUGAUAUAAAAAAAAACAGCGCUAUGAAAAACAGUUUGCUACCUUUUUUUUUUUUCAUUUUUGUAUUGUUACCACACUUUAUUUCAGAUUGGCUAGCAAAUUUUAGUAUGAGACUACAGUCAUUCUCCUGACUCGGCUGUACUCUUUUUGCUUUAGCUUAGCAUAAAACACAGUAAGUGAACUAGCAUAGUGAGAAAAAACAUCCUAAAAAAAUUCUCAGUAGUGACCCCAAUACUGCUUUGUGACCUAAAUAAUCUUACUGAUUGCAAGUUGCAGGUGCCAUUUUGCAACUACUUUUGGACAAAGUACAGCUGUAAGCCUCUGCUGAAAGGUGCAAGGCAGCCCCAAAGACACCUGCUUCAGUAAACACUAAGUUUUGCUGAUUUGCCACCGCAUCUAUACAAAAUCUAAUAUCCAAUAUGCAAUCCAGAAGAGGGUGAAUUGAAGUUGUUCUGUGUCUCAUGGGUAAAUAAAUGGCAAAUUAAUGGCAAACAAGCCAAUCAGACUGGUAAAUACUCCAAUAUGGCUGAAUAAAAUGAUUACGUAAACAAGUGGGACAAAGUUCCUUCACAGUGAUAAUUUUGGUGUGUUACUAAUAAUUGUUGCAACCAGUUUGUACUUUUUCAUAGGUUGGUUUGGGUAUGUUCAUUCACUUUAAAGGUGCUAGUUUAUUAAUCAGUUAAUUUGUAGUGGUCUUAAGUAGGAAAAAUUUGCCUUGUAAGUGUUUCUAGGGGGAAACAGUAUAGACAAUUGUACUAUAUUAUUUGCCAAAUUGUGGCAAGCAAUUUGUGGAGGUUGCAUCUUGCGAUGCAGCCAUUGCUGCGAUGGCACACAUCAGUGAUUCAUUCAUUGUGCUGAUUGUAAACAACCUCCCUCAGUGACAUAAUGAUGAAUAUCUGGAUUAUUGAUGUUAAGACAGUGGCCUCCAGUAACAGAUGAAAGGUAUAUUAAAUAAAUACCAACAUUGAUUCAUGAAGUCAUCCAGGGCCACACCUGGCCAAAAUGGGAGCCCUAAGCAGAAUUUUAUUUAGCCACACCACUGUUUGAGGAGAAUUGUGGUGAGAGAAGAAUAGCCAACAUCUGGAGCUUGAUUUGGACAGAAAAGCCUAAAGUUCUCAGGGACAGCUCUGCACACCAAUGUCUCAACACAACAUGGACUACAGAUCUCAGUUCAGUUUAAACAGACUAGUCUUAUAGUGUUUCAUUGUUUAUAUCUUUUCGACCUGCGAUGUUUGGAGAUAUGGUUCAUUGAUAAUUCGUCAUUUGUGAAUUGCUACAGUUCGUAGCCAAGUGGGAAGCAGCUGGGAUGAGAAUCAGCUCCUCUAAAUCCGAAACCACUGUCUUAAGUCAAAAAAGGGUAGAAUGCCUUCUCCGGGUAAGGCAUGAGGUCCUACCCCAGGUGAAAGAAUUUAACUCAUUCACUGCCAUUGAUGACUGAAGUCGUCAUUUGCAUUUUUUUUACUGUGUGGGCAUCGGAACGAGCCCCCGCACCAUGAGAACAAACAUCUCAGCUCUAAAGCUUUUCUUCAUCCGCAUACGUCACACAUCUUGUGAUCAGGAAGCAGAAAAUCCAUGUGUUAGGAGAUUGUUUAGGGCCGCUGCUGUAAAAAAAAGUGAGGCGUGAACCGGAAACAACAGAUCAUAAAAGAACGGAUAAAGCUCGAAAUGCGUGGAUUCUUCCUGAUGUAAGAGGUGAGUCUCCGCUUUGUUUUGGUUGUUGUGGCGUCGACAUCAUCCUAGCACGCAACGUUAGGUGACUCUUAAAAAACACUAAAAAUGGUGAGAAACGCUGGCAGCGAAGGGCUUUACUGAUCAGGAAGCGGCUGGCAGCGAAUUAGUUAAGUAUCUCAUGGCCUUGUUCAUGCAUCAGGGAAAAAUGGGGCAUGAGAUCAAUCGGUGGAUUAGUGCUGCGUCUGCAGUGUUGCGGGCAUUGCACUGGUAUGUCUUGGUGAAAAGAGCGAUGAUCUGGAAGGUAAAGCUCUUGAUUUACUGGCCGAUCAAUGUUCCCUACCAUCACCUAUGGUCACAAGCUUUGGGUAGUGACCGAAAGAUUGAGAUCGCGGAUACAAGCGGCCGAAAUGAGUUUUCUCCACAGUGUGACUGGGCUCUCCCUUAGAGGUAAGGUGAGAUGCUCAGUCACCAAGGAGGGACUCAGAGUAGAUCUGCUCCUCUACAAUAAAAGGAGCCAGUUGGGGUGGCUCAGGCAUCUGAUUAGGAUGCCUCCGGGAUGCCUCCAUAGUGAGGUUUUUUGGGCAUGUCCAACCAGGAAGACGCAGGACACGCUGGAGGGACUGUCUUUGUGGGCCAGGGAAUGCCUUGGUAUUCCCCUGGAGCUGGCCCAAGUGGCUGGUGAGAGGGAAGUCUGGGCCUCUCGGCUUAGGCUGCUGCCCCAUGACCCAACUGAAUAAGCAGAAGAAAAUGGAUGGAUGAAUUGCUGAAGCAGGUGUGACAAAUUUCCUUGUGUGUGUUUUUCUGAUUAGGAUGGAACAUUAUUUCUAAAUUAUGAAGAAGACAGAGAAAAAUGUCAUUACAAAAUGUGCUUGUAUGUCAUUAGUAUGUCACUUGCAUAAUAUUUUUGGGCAAAAAAUGUAAAAGAAUACUAAUUUUACUUUUCAAUUCAAAAGGUCUAAAUAAGUUUCAAGAAAUUAGGGAAUAACUGAUAAUGAUGUGCAUUUUCAUUAAGUGGCUCUGUAAAACCAAAACAGGAGACCAAGUUGUUUUUGUAGCAUAGGAGAAGGCCAUGUAAUGCAAAGGUUAUGACAUUUGUCAACAACCUGCCCUACCAGGGGCAGAGGUCAUCAGACAUUAAGUGUCCAGCCGGUUUCAUAUGCCUGGAAUAGUAACAAAACAGUCCCAUUUUGUUUCGCUCCUACCCUGGUCAUCUGGAUAUGCCGUCAUAACAAUCUCUCCCUGCUUCAGUAUCUGCACUCACAAGGUCCCUCCAGGAGAUGAGACAUAACUCUAAUAAAAUAUUCUUAUAUUUGUGCCAUUAAAUUAUUUAUUUCACCUACAGGUUGAUUGCAACCAUAUUCUGUUUUAUCUACAAUGAAUGUUUUAGCUAAAGUGAUUUACUAAUGUCUUGACUGCUUUACAGUAAUGAAUGAAUCAGCAUAAAUGUUUUUCAUUUCAUUUCAAGACUUUAUUAAACAGGAAAAGAUUAAAAACAAUCUGUCCUGACUCCGUUUAAAACAGUUUUUCAGCAGGUUCCGCAGAGCAUCAAACAAAGUGAUCAACAUCUGCCAUCUAAAAAAAAAAAGGCAGCAAGAAAAUUGUACCGCCACGUGCAGUGUUUACAGGUAAAACUGUCCAACAGAGGAGAGAAGGAUUUUCUUUUGAAUCGAGGUAAUGUUGGCGCUAUCCUUGUCAUGUGGAGUUACAUUCCAAACUUUAGUCAGCGUAUAAAAGAACAACCUCUGGCCGUAAGAAUUCCUAAAGGCAGGUAAAGGCAAAGCAUACUAGAGGCGAACUUAGUAACUCACACAAAAUUUAAACUGUGCUUGGGAAUCAUUGCCUUUAGGUCUGAAUGUAUUUUUUUCUUGAAAUGUCUUAUUUCAUAUCUUAAAUACACCAAACAACUACUUGAUGAUUUAAUAAUGAUUUAUUAUCAGUCAAAUUUAAUAUCAGUAUCAAUAAAUGACCUUUUAACAUAUUCCCUUCACCUAAUAAGAUUUUCUAAGUGUCUGAGAAACGGAAGGUCUGCGGACUUUUUGAAAAGGCCUAUAAAAAUUUCUCAAACCUGGUUGGUCCAAAACUUAUAAACGACCAAUCCUUAAGAGGAAACACUUUCUCUAUUCGGCAGUUCAGCAAGGUGUCCAUCCUUCAUGCUAAAUUAUCCUCUUGUUGGGAGAUCAAACAAGACCGUUUCACCAGAAUAUAAUUUUAGCAGCAUAAAGAACCCUCCUUUUUCAGAAUCAACCAAUUAUUUGUUUAAUCUGCUAAAUAACUCACCAGACGUGAAACAGUCCACCAGAAGCUCCACAGGAAGUAUCUCUUCAACCAGUGGUGCGUAUUCUGAGGGCCUAUGACCCUUGGAUACAUCAGAAGCCCACUCACUUGCAUUGCUGAGAUGGCUUUGCUUGCCAACCCUAUCCCUGAGAACUUCCUCUACACUGGUACGUAGGCUCUGCACUGGCAUUGGAUGGGUUAAGAUUAACUUGAUAACCAAUUAAAUCCAAAUAAAAUUCAACCAGCUGUAUUUUAUAAACCCAGUCACCACCUUUUUCUGAGUCACUUUAUUGAGCUCUUAUUAACAUAUAAGGUCAUAUAUCAUCAGAGUUCAUUCAUUGUUUCAGUUGAUCUUACCUUGACUCACCAUUUAUAAUCAUUUGUCCUGCAUCAUCAUUAGUAGUAGAAAUAUAGUAAUAAAUCGAUUUUUAUAAACUAUAUUUUUGCAGCCAAGUGCUAAUUUAGCUGACAUAACCAAGUGCUAAUUUAGCUGAUGCUUAAUUAGCACUUGGUUAUUUGCUAACUGCCAUCAAUAAACAACAGAAUAAAUACCCUGAUGGCAUCCAUAUAGUGGCUGGAGAUUUUAACCAUGCUAAUCUUAAGACUAUGUUACCAAGAUUUGACCAACAUGUUAAAUGCCCAACAAGAGGAGGUAACAUACUAGACUGUGUUUACUCAAAUAUUCCCAAAGAGUAUAGAGCAUACCCUCUCCCACAUCUCGGCCAAUCUGAUCAUCUGUCACUACUGCUAACCCCGGUGUACAAAUCCAUCACUAAAAAUCACAGCCAGUUACUAAAACUGUUGUGACAUGGCCUGAAGACUCAUCUCUGCAGCUACAGGACUGUUUUCAUCGUACAAACUGAGAUGUCGUUUGUGAUCCAGAUGUGGAAAUUUACACCUUAGCUGUCCUCGGCUACAUCAAGACCUGCAUUGAAAAUAUUACAAUCACCAGGAGCAUCAGGGUUUUCCCAAACAGGAAACCCUGGAUGAUGAAAGAGGUUCAGGUUCUCCUGAAAGAACGCAAUACAGCUUUCAGAUCAGGCAACCAAAUGAGGUACAGCACUGCCAGACAAUUUCAAUAGGUCCUACACUGUAAAAUCUGUUGACAAAAAAAUCAUGCAUGCAGGCCAAUACUUAGCUCCUCUACAUACUACAACCUGAAGUUUUAGGAAAACGUACUUCUGAUUUUUUAUUCAUUUUUAAAUUUUUCUAAUUUCAAUAACUCUUACACUCAGGGCCGUUUCUAGCAUUGUGGGGGCCCUCUGCGAGAUAAUGUUCUGGGCCCCCCUAUUUUGACAAACUGAAAUUGAUGAUCUAUAAACACACCAUGAAUUGUCACAAAUAGCAAGCAAAACAUGGUACAGUUUUAAAAUUAAACACUCACUCAGGAAAUAUAACUAACUAAUAAAAGCUAGAAAGCAGAGUGCAGACCUCCACCCUGGGAGGGGUGUUCACAUCACACUUUUUUUAGCUGUUGUGGAAUUCUGCAGAGCAGUUCUUGUCCUGCUGCAGACUAAACUAUUUCUUGCACUCUUUGCCAACACAUUCUCACACCCAAGGCGUCAAAAUAUGACGCGUGUGCCCAAGCCUCAAUAUAUGACGAUUCGGGACACCCCAGCGCGUCAGGAGACGACGAUCAGGGACAGACUGCUAACGCCGGUGGUGAGACGGACAUUAGAACUACUUAACCAUCCCCUCACCCCAAUCCUAACCUUAAGGUCACGGUUUAUGGACCUUAAGGUUAGGAUUGGGGUGAGGGGACGGUUUAAUAGUCAAAUAAUGUACGUGUGACCACGCGCGUCGUCAAACAGUGACGCCAGCGGAGCCAAGUGAUCCAGCAUGUCCCUGAUCGUUGUCCCCUGACGCGCUGGGGCUUCCCGAAUUGUCAUUGAGGCUUGGUCACACGCGUCAUAUUUUGAUGCCUUGGGUGUGAGAAUGUGUUGUCUUUGCACAUCCAGGGAGGUUUUUUUUUUUUUUCACAGAGUGGACCCGUUUCACCCCUGACUUGCCCUCUGUGCUUCGUCCAUUCCUUCUCCACUGGUCCAGGGGACAGUGAUGUGACCUUGAGCAGAGAUCACUGGAGGGUUUUCAACCUGUGCAGACUGCUGCUCCUGAAAUUGUUGAUGUUUCAUUGCCUCCUUCAGCUACUUGUUGCUGAUUUGUUUGUGGAGCUGGUGGCGAGAGGCAGUUGAUAGCCAGGGAAUCUUCUGGGGAUAAAUUGGGUGUCGUGGGUCGGCGGCUCCUGGAUCUGACUUUGUUGUCCAGGAGUCCAGAAGAUGUGGAGCAUCUCCAGCAGCAUCCUGUCUCUGAAAUUGCCUGUUGCUGGUGAUGGCACUUCAUCAGAAGAAUCUCUAAAAUUAUAAAUACAUCAGAUUUUAUAAAAAGAUACUCAAGUGGUAAAUAGUAGAAAUUAAAACUGUAAAAAUUAAAAAUACAUAAGAAAAGCUUGAAAUAAUGUUUGAACUGUAGAUUAACUUACUGCAGCUGUGAUGGCAAAUCAUCUUCAUCCACACCUGAAUCCUCAACCACAGAUGUACAUGGAGGUUUUGUUUUCCUUGAAGUAGCAGUAAUAGUGUUGCCAGUCCCCACAUGCCAAAGACGGUGGCAAGCUGAAACACACUGAACUGGCUUGUGCGAGCAAAAUCAGCCAGACGACAGGAGCUGGGCUGCAGGUCAAAAAACUGUGGUCAGAAACAAGGGUCACAGGAGGGUCAAGAGGACAAGAGUUCAGAACUUGCUGUCGGGGACAGAACUAGGCAAAAGGUCAGGCUGGCUGGCCCCACCCCUGGAUCCACCCCUGGCUUGGAAAGAUGGGAUUGGAGGACAACAGAGUGAAGACAAGCCCAUCAGAUCCAGAAGCCCUCUCAGGAACAUUGGAGGGAAACUGAAGAAUACUGCAAAAGAUGUAAUGACCUGUGUUAAGAAGAAUGCUGCAUGUAACAAUUUGUGCCCUCAUGUGAAUGCUGCAUGUGGUGAAAAUGAUACCAAAUGUCUUGUGUUGAGUUACAAAGUGUGUAUCUGGUAAAUGACCCCAUGACCUCACCGUCAUGAGGUAAUGAUACAUGUGACUUUUUACCUUGUCUAAGCUGGCCCAGGGAGGGUAUAUAAAGAGCAGCUCUGCGAAAGAUUGAGAGAUUCGACAAGCAGCUGGGGCAGACGACAAGAGACAGAGCAGAUUUGGAUGGGUCAUCCCCCGUCCUGCUGGAUGGGGGAUGACAGGCAGUUUUUUGGAGUGGAGCUGGGAGUAGUUUGGGGAAUUCGGGAAGAGAUUCCACAGGAGUUUUUUGGGGCGAUUCUCAGAAGACCGAGCUGGUGUAAACCAACUCUUAUUUAAUCAUUUUGAACUAAUCCCUCCUUGGGGGAUAGCGGUUGUUUUUUUAUAUUUACCCAUUUUUGUAUUCUUUGAUUUUGUAAUAAACUUUUUGGAAAAAGAAACAUAAUCCUGAUUCUUUCAGGUUUUCUCUAAAGAUUCACGAGUGAGAGCCCUGACCAUUAAUUGCACAGAGGUAAGCACAUUAAUUAUGGGUUCUUGAAUUAUCAGGACUUAGUUUACGGUUUGUGACGAAUUAAUAUAAAGAAACCUUAAGAUAAGGGGAGCUUGACUCCUCCCUCACCCGCGAGUGACUAGUUGUCUUAAGGAUGAUAAAACCAGAACAUUAGUGGUUAAUUUUGGCUCUGAUUCGCAAGUUGAAAAAGUCUCUAUCAGCUGGAGGGUUGGAUUAAUUAAAUAAAUUGAUAAAUUUAUGUUAGCCUGAUCAACUAACAAAAAUCAUUUAUAGUUACCAACCACCCACAUAAGCUGUUAGAGGCGCAAUUAAUCCAAAUAACCCAAAUAAUUGCUGGAAGGAUUGGCCUUUCUCCAGGCUUCGCCCUAGUAUCUUCACCAAAAGAUAACGGGAUUGAUUAAAAGGAAGUGAGCUACUGCAGAAGGAAAAUUCUUGCAUAUUAUUUCACCUUUAAAAUAAAAGAUAUGAUUCUAACUUAGGACGCCCAAACCAGGGUCUAAUACGAUAAAACUCACCGAAAUCCCCACCGAACCCUGGAAGAUGCACAGUCUCAUAAGUUCUGACGGAACUGGGUUUUAACGGAACCGGCAAAUGGGACGUGCACGCGACAAUAGUUUAAUUGUAUAGUAAUAGUAUUAGCAAUACUAGACAAAAGAAACUGGAACGGGUUUAGUGCAGAGAUACUUACUGCAUUUGGGAUGGAAAACCAAUGUGGGCACAUUUUGCUCCUCAUCAACAACUUUUGAGGGAAGUUUCCUCUUUCUAGAAGGUUUCCUGGUUUCUGGUUUAUUUACAAAAACAAAUCUAACAUAUAAAAUAAUAAAAAGCCUCAGUGAAAAAUGCAGCUGAAAAAAAAAGACAAAACCACGGGUGACCGAACGAAUACAAAAAAACGGCAAAGUGAUGUCAAUUAUGACUAAAUAUAAUAAAGGAAAUUUACUGAAAAUAAUUAUUUACACCAGUAGAAGAGAUAGAAGUUGAAAAUAAGUGUCCAAAACAAUUCCUCCUCUCCUCUAAGCAUGGCACAUGGUAGACUGUUUAUUUCCUGGUUCUAGGGCAGGGACUUGCGUAACAUUACCGUAAUGUAUUGUAUACCAUGUCAUGUUUGGGGGAAGGAGACUAACCCAAGACAUGCAGAACACACAGACCAAGGAUGGGGGUAAAAAAUUAAAUAGUUUAUUUACAAAGAAGGAAAACUGAGGAUGCACUGAACUGUCAGUGGCUGGAACUGAUACGGGAGCUCUGCGUCUGGAGGAGGGAGAACACUGGUGAGCAUGUGUUUAGUUCCAGAGGUCCCUUUUGUCACGAGCUUAGUUCAAUAGAUCUUACUGUACGAUGAGAGUUGCUGGCUGGAGGAGGGAGCAGGUUGAGAGCCGGGGGGAGCGCAGGAGAGGGAGCACAGGUGGAGAUAAGCAGGGCGUCCUGGUGGAUGGGAGACAAUGGAGAACGGUGAGUGGGUCCAGUCGGGUCUGAGUAUCCAAAUCCUGGAGUCCAGAGGUAAAUAUCCUAGAGCUCAGUGGCCAGAGGGAAACACUGGAAUCCUGGAGGUGAGAGAAAUCCUGAGUCAGCUCCAGGAGGUAAGUAAAAUCCAAAAAUCUAAAACCUAGAGCAAAAACACAACUAGCUAAAUUUAUCCUAGAGCUCCUAGAGUAAACACGAGUGGCUUGGUACUACCAAGCUGAGGCAAUCUUCCAGCGUUGAAUUGUGCCCUCCAUCCACCUUAAGUAGGAACCACCCCGCUAAUUGCUGAUCAGGAACAGCUGGGCACUCCCUCUCCUGGCAAGAGACUCAAAGAUGUUAAGGUGAAUGAGGAGUACUCACCCCGGCUUAUGACAACCACUGGAAAGUACAUCCUCUCAGCUUUCAGAAUCUGUUGAUUGCGCAAACUGUUGAAGAGUUACGGUAAAGAAUGAAAGCCAGUUUGUGCUGCUAUUGACACA